UUUUCAAUUUGAUUUUUUUUUUUUAUAUGAAAUCGAAGGAAGUUUCGAAUUCCGGCGUUUCAGUUUCACUUACGAGGAAAUAAAAUCGAAUAUUUCCAUCUGGUGGCCAGUUUCUGAUCUGAAAUCUGAAUUCAUCGGUAAUACUCUUCAAGAUUCGAGGAAAAGUGAUCUUAUUUCUGGAUUUUGAUCCAAACUAGUCACACUGAACAACCAGCAGCUUUGGUUGGUUACAGAUAAAUUCUGGAAGAGAUCUGGUCUAGUGUAAAUUCACGAUGCCCUAUUUCAAGAGUUUCUGCGGUUACAGUUUGAAAUGCGGAGUUUACGUUUCCUGUGCAAUUCAUUUGUUGAUAGGUUUAUGUUUCGCCAUCGCUUCUGAAGAGAGAACUUCAAUUCUUCUUGGUUUCUCACAAAUGUGGAUUGUAAUGAAUUCGGUCUUUGCAUUACUCUUGAACUCAGCCUUCUGUCUUUGGCUAAUGAUCGCUUAUCAGUUCUUCAUUGCUGCUUGUUGUGGUGUUGCGAUGGUCGUGUGUCUAAUUAGGCACUACAUACCUAUGAGUUUCCUUGCUGGUCUAGGUUUCGCUUUGGAGAUAUAUUUCGUCAUGUUAACGAUAAAUCUGCACCACGAAAUGAAACAUCGUCAAACUGGUCACGUUUUCCCUGAUCAUCCUGAAGCAUCAGAAUCAAAUCGUAUGCCUCAAGUAAACGUACAAUCUCCUGCAGCUUUCAACGUUCCUUACGUUCCAGUUCAGUCGAAUUUGCCGAAUCGUGUUGUUAUGCAUUCGAGUAUUCCUCAAAGUGCAGUAUAUAGUGCUAGUGUUAUUGGUGUUCCAGUUGUGGAUCAUCAUUCCUAUCUUCCGGCUCAUGUUCAGCCUGCGUAUAACCCAGAUUUCGUUCAAACUGAUUUCUUGAAAAUUGAAAAAUGAUUAUACUAAUGUAGUGAACUACAUUGAGACACGAGUAUAAUUUUUUGCGAUGAAGGAUAUUAUUAUGUGUACCAGUAUACCUACUACUUGUUACAAUUGACUGUUUAUUUUACGUACCUACUUACGUAAGUUUGGUGAUUUUUUCCAGUAUGUAUUUAUGUUAAUAAAUUUGAU